CUCCUCUCUGUCCCCUCGCGUCCCUAGGAGUGUGGACGGUGCUGUCCGGGGGGCUUUCACGAACCCGACCUCUCCUCCUGGAGGAAAAAAAAAGUCGGGGGCAGCCCCGGGAGCGCGCGGAGAACCCCGAUCCCCCGCGGGGCAGCUCAGGCUGCGGACCAGCCCGGGCGGGGCCCCGGUGCGUCGUGCCUGUCGCCGCUCGUGUCCGGAACGGCGGCCCGGCCGCCCGCUCGGCGCCCCGGGGACCCGCGCCCCGAGCCGGAGCGGCUCCCCUGCCGUCGCGGGACCUGGCCGCGGCCUGCAGCGCCCGAACCCCGGGGAAUGCAGUGGCCCCCGGCCCCUGGCGCCUCCCCGUGCCUGGCCUGGGCCUCCUCGCUCGCCUGCUCCGCGGCCACGACGCUCCUGAGCCGCGCCGGCCGGGCCCCCCUCAUGGCGGCCAAGUGGUUCAAGGAGUUUCCGCUGAACCUGAAGACCGUGUCCGAGCGCGCCCGGCCCGGCGGCGCCGGCAGCGCCAAGCUGCGCAAGAACUCGGAGGCGGGCGGUGCGGGGCCCGCGGCCGGCAAGGGCCGCAAGAACUCGGCGGCCGAGCUGGGGGCCGGCCGGCCGGGCGGCGCGCCCCCCAAGGACAGCCGGCUGUCCCGGGACAGCCUGCAGGGGCUGAUCCAGGCCGCCGCGGGGAAGGGCCGCAAGAACUCGCGGGCCACGGACGACGAGCCCCACCGGGGCGCCAGCAAGAGCUCGGGCUGCAGCACCUACAUCAACAGGCUCAUUAAGGUGGACACGCAGGAGAAGGGCGCCAAGGGCGCGUACCCCGGCGGCGCGGGCGGCAGCACCAGCAGCAGCAGCAGCUGCUCUUCCUCGGCGUCCUCGUCCCCAUCCUCCCUGGGCCCUGAUUUGGACAAGGGCAAGGCUGUGAAGCAGCAAGACACGGUCAUCAUCCUGGAAGACUACGCAGACCCUUACGAUGCCAAGCGGACCAAAGGCCAGAGGGACGCUGAGAGAGUUGGCGAGAAUGAUGGCUACAUGGAGCCCUAUGACGCGCAGCAGAUGAUAACAGAAAUUCGACGUCGCGGCUCCAAAGACCCCCUGGUGAAGGCCCUCCAGCUGCUGGAUGGCCCGUGCGAGCCAGGGGAGCAGGGCCCGAAGGGGGACACGCAGGCCCGGAGGAGGGGCUCCAAGGAGCUGCUGGGGAAGGCCCCCCAGCUGUACGACACGCCCUACGAGCCUGUGGACGGGGCUGCCCCCAGGGCCGAGGGCAAGGCCAGGGCCCCCGACGGUCACGGCCGGCUGCCCGAGAAUGACGGGAGGCCUGCGGCCGAGUACGAGCAGCCCUGGGAGUGGAAGAAGGAACAGAUCGCCCGGGCGCUGUCGGUUCAGUUUGAAGGCGCAGAGCGGCCGUGCGCCAAGGAGGAGACGGGGAGGCAGCAUCUCCGCCAGAAGAGCUGGACCCAGAAGAUCCUGAAGCCAGCGCUGCCCGACCACAGCGAGGGGGAGAGGGUGGACCCCUCCCUGCCCCUGGAGAAGCAGCCCUGGUACCACGGCUCCAUCAGCCGAGCGGAGGCGGAGGGUCUGCUCCAGCCCUGCAGAGAAGCUGGGUACCUGGUCCGGAACAGCGAGUCGGGGAACAGUCGGUACUCCAUCGCGCUGAAGACGAGUCAAGGAUGUGUCCACAUCAUUGUGGCCCAGACCAAGGACAACAAGUACACCCUGAAUCAGACCAGCGCCGUCUUUACCAGCAUCCCGGAAGUGGUACACUACUAUUCCAACGAGAAGCUGCCCUUCAAGGGGGCGGAGCACAUGAGUCUUCUCUACCCAGUGCACAGCAAACUGCACUAGGGCUCAGCCCCAGGUGCAGCUCAGGGCGGGGCUGGCUGCACCCAGGCAUUGCACCUGCCGGUGGAGGACAAAAGCUGUGGCUGCCCCCUCCCUCGUCCCCUGGCCUCCCCCUGCCUGCCUCACUGCCUUCAGGAGCCGUCACCUCCCGUGCUCUCCGCUCUCUCCAGUCGAGUCGGGUGUUCUCCUGAGGAGCGGUGAGUCAGGUGUCGAGAAAACAAAGCCGCUGGUUCUUAGCUGGAACACCUGAUCUCCACCUUUCUGGAAGAUGACAGGAAACGGGCUGUGGGCCGGGAGAAUGUGUGACUCCAGAGGAGGCAGGGCGGGGCACCUCUGCCUUUCUUUCCCCGCCUCAGGGCUGCCCGCAGGCUGCUUUGGCGCUCAGCCUCCCCCUCCCCCCCACCGAGAGGCGGGAGGGGCCGUGUGAUACUUGCCAAUAGAACCAGGGGCUGGUGGCCUGAUUCCCUGGACCAGAGUGAAGCAGCCAAGACAGAUUGCACUUCUGAGUUUCUUUUUUUUUUUUUAACUCUAGAAAUUUUCAGAGCUCCGUCAUCGAGAGUUGUUUUCUUACUGGAUAAUUAUACAGACUUUCUGACACCCUUGUUCUUGUCUCUGUGUGAUCUAGUUAUUCUGGAGACUUUUAUGUUUUUUAGUUUUUGUCCCUCCAGUUAGAUUUGCCUUGUACUUUUAGGGUGGUUCUUUUUUUCUGGACCACAGCCAGAGGUUCUCAGGGCUUCCUUACUCCUGGCUCUGUGCUCAGGGAUCGGUCACUGCUGGCAGGGCUCCAGGGGCCCAUAUGCAGUGCCAGGGAUGGACCCAGCGUGCAAACCAAGCACCCUGCCCACUGUAUUAUCUCUCCAGCGCCCUCCUUAGGGUCAGUUACAAACAUAUCAAUGUAAUCCCAAGAUCUGAUCCUGGGACCCUGCCUUCUAGCCCUUGCCCUUGCACACUGACUGGCCCCAGCUGACCAGUUCAUGCUGUAUAAAAGUAGCUGGAAAGACUCCAGGCUUUUUUCCUAAUUCCCAUUACUUAAGAUAGUAACUUAAUUCCCACAGUAUCGUUACCCCAGUAUCAUAAUCACAGUAUUGUGAUUAAUUCUGGACUCGGUGCCACUGAUUUUCUGUUGAAAAGCUCGUGUGGGAAUAGCUGGGCAUUGACAGGCCGUGAGACGUCUCCUCUGGUGAGCGACUGUGGUGACAACCCUGCAGAAACCUCGAGUCGGAGGCUUGUCCUGGGCUUCCCCAGCUGACCCACGUGCGAAUGUGCUCACUGCCCUCAGUGAACACAUAACUUUGAAAAUUUCUUUUAAGUAUGGAAAACACGGUUCAGUUCAUUUUUCUAGGAAAGCAUUGCUUUUUUAUUAGUGAUCAUUUUACUGAUACGACUUAGAGAUCAGUAAAGAUUUGCUUCUCUAUUCAGUUCAGAUCUUAGCCUGUGGAUUGUGUGAUCAUAGAUCUAAGAAAAACCUUGAGAGUGGGGUUGGAGUGAUAGCUCAGUGGGCAGGGCCCUUGCCUUGCAUGCCGCUGACUUGGGUGUGAUCUUCUGCACCCCAUAUGGUCUCUGAGCACCAGGAGUGAUUCCUUAGCACAGAGCCAGGAGCAAUUCCUAAGCAUUGCCAGGUGUGGCCCCAAAACAAAACAAAAAUCUUGAGAGGAACUUUUUCUCACUGGGUCCAAAUGGUUUGUCAACAAAGAGUUCUGUUUUAUUAAGUAUUGUCAGAAUUUUUAAAAUACGUAUGUGUUCAUGUACUUUAGUACACAAUUUUUUAAAUGUCAUUGUCCUAAUUCCCUUCAACAAAUAUUUAUGAUCUUGCAUAUACAAAUAAUUCAUUGUAUUAAAUUCAUUUUUAAGUUCAACAUUCUAGAAAUGAAGCCUUAUUUUUGAUUCAUCUUAUCCCAUGAAGGAAAUGCAGCAGUUAACCUAAUUUUAAUAAACGCUAAAUGCUUGAUAAAAUUUUUCUGGGUGCCGUAAAUGAUUUUUGGCCCAUCCCCAGCCACCCUGUUAAAUGUGCAAUGAAAUAACCUUUCAGAAGCUG